CUCUGAGCUUCUUCCUGAUUCAGAGCUCUGUCCGGCCCUGACUGUGCCCCAGGGUUUGCUGCUGACCAGUGCACAGCUGACCUCCAGCGUGGCAGCUGCUGUUGCUAGUUUCCUUUCUUCCCUGCAGACAUUUCCAGGUGGAAUCUGCUACCUUCGAGCUUCUGUUGGUGCACAGUCAACGUGUGCUAUGAGGCCUGCGUCAGUAAGCGAGUGCUCACCUCUCUGCCUCCUCGGGGUUCUGACCUUGUUGCUGUGCCCAUCCAGCCUGCAUGCUUGCAGUUCACCUCCCAAGAUUAAACAUGGAUACUUUAAGGAUAUUAGUGAAAGCUGGUAUUCCCCUACCGUGGUGCAGUAUGAAUGUGAGGAAGGAUACGCUCUGGUGGGAGCAGCUACAAUCUCUUGCAGGCUUUUUGAUUGGUCAUCUCCAGCUCCUCAAUGUAAAGCUCUGUGCCUAAAACCAGAAGUACCAAAUGGAAAGCUGUCUGUGGAGAAGGAUCAGUACGUCAACCCCGAAACUGUCACCAUCCAAUGUGACCCUGGCUACAGAAUGGUUGGCUCUGCAAGUAUCUCUUGCUCAGAGAACAAAUCUUGGAGCCCAGAUGUACCCAAGUGUGAAAGGGAAGUCCCUGAAGAUCCUAAUAUAGUUCUAGGAGGCAGAAAGCUCUUACACUGUCUCCCAAGUCAUAGGGACUCAAAAAUGGCCCUGGAGUUACAUAAACUUUCCCUGGAGAUUGAAAAACUGGAGCAAGAGAGAGACAAAGAAAAAAGCAUUUAAAUAUAUUGCACCUACUUUUUAAAACGAUGGAGAAAAAUUUGCUUUUCUGUACAAGCUCUAGAGAGAAAAUCUCAGUGUGUCAAUCCAUUUAAGCAGUAUCAUUUAUUGCAAUAAAUAACUUUAGUAAAACUUGUUAAUACGCAUAUGAUCCUGGGAUGUAGUUAUUAAUAACAUAUAAUUAUUAUUCAGCUUAAGUUUUUACUUUUCUGAAAUUGGCAGGUUAACCAAAAUAAAUAAUAUUAAAUGGA